AUGAAACUAAUAGCCACUAUCUUGGGAUACAAUGUAGCCCUUCUCGCUACAAUGGCAACAGCCAUGCCAUCCAAUGUCCAGCGUACCGAUUCAACAUAUGCAGAUGACAUGUUCAAUACUGCAAUUGAGUGGAACGAUGGCUACUGGGACGAAGAAGCAGGCUACUUGAUUGCAGCAGCUAGCAAUGACGGUCUUUACGACACUCGACACAGUGGUUGGUAUGCAACUCAGUUACUGGCUAGAAAUGGGCCUGGAGAUGUUGCGAGAGCCGUUCGCAUCUUUGACAAUGUGAUCUCAGGGCAAUACCUUAACCCUGCUUGGCAAUGGUAUGGGGAUUACCAAGACUCGCCGUCGCAGCCUCUACCUGGAACGCCUGAAUACGUCAAUGGUGGUCCGUAUUCCUCGUGGGAUCCUAAUGUUCGGGACUUCAUAGGCUGCGCUUGGGUUGUGGCUCUCAAUGAUUACGACCAUUUACUUCCAGCAGCAACAAUUGCCAAGAUUGAGAAAUCGCUUCACAUUGCAGCAAAGGGAGAUUUAUACCGCGUUGGUGGAGUUGACGGCGACAACCUCUACCCUUGCUAUUCGAACCCGUGGUUAAUGGGGACUAUCCUUCUAAGCUGGGUUGGUGCUCGGGUAGGGGAUCAAAAUUUGACUCAGGCGGGCGAAAAAAAUGCACAGGAGUUUUAUGAACUCUGGAGUCAGCAUCGUACUCUUUCCGAGUUCAACUCCCCCACUUAUGCUGGUGUCUCGAUGUGGGCGUUGUCCCUAUGGAGCAAAUACGCAGCCGAGGAUAGUCUACUGAAGAAAUACGCGCCGGAGGUCUUGACAACGACGUGGAACGAUAUUGCGCAACUCUACAAUGCGAACAUGAAGAAUCUGGCUGGUCCUUGGGACCGCACUUAUGGUUACAACAUGAAGGCAUAUACAUCUCUAGUUGCUGCCGUGAUCUGGGGAGCCGUUGGACGCGAGCAUGCUCCAUUCCCGAAAAAGACAUCGGGCAUGUAUCAUCAAGAUGACUUUGCCUUCUACCCGCUCUUUGCGCUCAGCAUGCCAGAGAUGCUGAAGUAUCUGUCCGCAGAAUCAAAGUCAAGCUUGAUCACGUUCCCUGGCGAGCACUUCUUUACAGGCCAGGCUUAUUCUCCACCAUUUGAUACCUAUCCACGGAACAUCACGACUUGGAUGUCUGAGAAUAUCACCAUUGGUGCUGAAACUGUCGCAGAGCAUGUCAUUGGAGGGCCAGCGAAGAGCACCUCUGCGUUCAGCCCUGCCGUCAUCCAGUGGACGAUUGACGACUAUCAAAUUGGAUGCGUUUCACACUGGGUGAGCGAGUCCUCAAUUCAUGCUGUGGCUUCUCCAAAAGCCUUGAAAAUCUCCUAUCCCAAUGCCACUGCAUCGGAUGGCCCAGUGUCCUUUAACUUUUUGUUCAGUGGACUUAAUGUGCGAAAUGGCUUUAACGUGACUGGACUAGAAGGCUUGCCUGGUCUAUCUCUAGAGGUCAAGACUAACGCUGCUGCAAACUAUAGUAUUGUCUAUGAUACAGACCAGACUGUGAAUGACUUUAUCUUCUACAACAUUACUUAUACGAUGCCAGAGCAUUUCACGGAGGAGCCUUAUAUUUCUUUACUUGUGGUUUAG